AUGCGCUGGCACGGGCGCUGUCCAACGAGCAUGAAGGCGAUCAGUCGCGAAAAUAUUUACACCAUCCCCAACUGGCUGACCGCCUCGCGACUAGUGGCUGCCCCGUUCGUCGGCUACUGCAUUCUGCACGACCACUAUGCCUGGGCGCUUGGUCUGUUUGCUUACGCCGGCAUCACCGACCUGCUCGACGGGUGGAUCGCCCGCAGGUGGAACCUCGGGACCGUCGUCGGCACUGUCAUUGACCCCAUGGCCGACAAGAUUCUCAUGACAGUGCUGACGGUGGCGCUGGCCACCAAGGGCGCCCUACCAUUCUGGCUUGCCGGACUGAUUCUCGGCCGCGACUUUGCCCUCGGCAUCGCCGCCAUCUACUACCGAUGGAUCUCGCUGCCGCCGCCCAAGACCAUGGCGCGCUACUGGGACUUCUCCCUACCCUCUGCCGAGGUCCGGCCUACCACCAUCAGCAAGUACAACACGGCCCUGCAGCUCGGGCUCAUGGGUCUGACGACUGUCGCUCCCGUGGUGCCCUCGCUGGAUCUAGGCACACCGCUAGGCGUGAUGCAAUACGUAGUUGCCGUGACUACCGUCUGGAGUGGCGCUAGCUAUGUCUACAGCAAAGACGCCGUCAAGAUACUCUCGCAGCCACAACAAGGUGAGGCUGAAGAGAAUGAGCAGACUAAGAAGUGA